GGUUCGAUCGUUUUGCGGUUAAGAAUGUCUCUCUUGUUUCUUCACUCUUUUGCCAAAAUCUCUGUUCCAAAAAUCGCGAGAGAGAGAGUAUGGCGACCACACUUCAUUGUCUCUCCACACUCCAUCUUCUUCCUCGCACCCAUCACCCUAAAACCCUAAACUCUCUGAAACCAAUCACCAAAUCACAACCAUGCAAAAUCCCAGAAAUACCCUCCACUCCCAACGCUCUUCAACUCCUUAAAUCAUCCUCUCUCCCUCUCGCAGUCAUCGCAUUGCCUUUCUUCCUCGACCCACAGGAUGCAGCAGCAGUUGGAGGAGAAUUUGGGAUAUUGGAAGGAAGAUCAUUUGCGUUAAUACACCCAAUUGUGAUGGGAGGUUUAUUCGCAUACACUCUUUGGACUGGUUACUUAGGUUGGCAAUGGAGACGUGUCCGUACGAUACAGAGUGAGAUCAGUGAGCUCAAGAAACAGCUUAAACCAACUCCUGUUUCUCCUGAUGGAUCCACUGAGGUUGAUUCUUCGUCGCCUCCUUCUACCACUGAGCUUCAGAUCCAACGGCUGACAGAAGAGAGGAAAGAGUUGGUCAAAGGGUCUUACAGAGACAAACACUUUGACGCUGGCUCUGUUUUGUUAGGUUUUGGUGUUUUGGAAGCUGUCUUUGGUGGUGUUAACACUUAUCUUCGUACCGGUAAACUCUUCCCCGGUCCUCAUCUUUACGCCGGUGCAGGAAUAACGGUGUUGUGGGCGGCGGCGGCAGCAUUAGUGCCGGCAAUGCAGAAAGGGAACGAGACGGCGAGGAGUCUACACAUAGCGUUGAAUGCAGUAAAUGUUCUUCUUUUCAUUUGGCAAAUCCCAACAGGUCUUGAUAUCGUCCUUAAGGUCUUUGAGUUCACUAAAUGGCCAUAGAUAAUAUUACUAUUGGGAUGUCUUAUUAUGAGUUUGACUCUAUAUAUGCAAAUAUUCUGCAACUUUUUUUGAGGUUUGUAAAUGAUGAAAUUGUAAGAAAUCAUGCAAUUCGAGUUAAUAUUGGAAUAAUGGUGGAAAAUGAUCAAUAAUACUCUUUCACACUGUGUUUCAGAGUUUUGUAAUGAUUUUCAUGUACAAGAAGUCUGGUAAUUUGAUUAAGCAUGUUGAAAAAUUCAUUUCGUAUAAAAUAGAUCUACAUUG